AUGUUCUCCUGCCCCCUCCGUUAUUCCUUACAAAGGGAAAACAUCUCGCGAGCAGGGUUAUGUUUUGAAAGGUUCGCGUACGCUGUUUUACGGUAUAUUAGUUCAAAUUGAAACGCGGAAGAACGUAGGACAAGAAGGACAACUGUAGUUAUCGAUACAGCCCGACAUUUGCUAGAAUAUCCGAUAACAGACUCGUGCGUUGUGGAAUCGUUUUCCUCUUUCAAUGAUAUCCAUAAUUCAAGAGGGAAGAUCCAACACGGAUGUAACACAUAGGAAUACUUGGGAUUUUCCUCACAGCCGUGCUAAAGUAUGGUCUCGCCUUUCAGGCUGUUGUUAGUGGAGUUCGCGAGGGGUAAUGUUUUAUAAUGGGAUGAUGUUCAAUGCUGAAUGUCAUACUGCUGGUGUUUGCAUCAUAAUCCCUCAACUGACAUUCAGAUGUUGUCUUCUAGAACUGCAUGAAGAGCAUCUCCAUGAGGUUCCCUCUGAAAAGAGGGAGUGAAAGUUGCAUCCAUCUCAUACAAUCCCAAACAUCUAAUAGCCCUAAACUCAUUUGUAGUUCACAGACUGAGGUAUGAAAAUGGAUAAACUCACCAUUAUUUCAGGAUGUCUCUUUCUCGCGGCAGAUAUCUUCGCUAUUGCAAGUAUUGUAAAUCCAGACUGGAUCAAUACAGGCGGUCAAGAGGGAGCUCUGACUGUUGGUCUAGUCAAGCAAUGUCAGACCAUCCAUGGUCGAACCAGGGUAUGUAUCUCCCCAAGCCUUCCUCCAGAAUGGAUCACUACCCUGUUCUUCAUCAUCUUAGGCAUCAUCUCACUCACUAUCACAUGUGGCCUGCUUGUGAUCUCACACUGGAGGCGAGAGGCUGCAAAAUAUGCCCGCUGGAUCGCCUUCAUGGGAAUGGUCCUCUUCUGCAUGGCCGCUCUCAUAUUUCCAGUUGGAUUUUACAUCAAUCAAGUUGGAGGACAACCUUACAAAUUACCCAAUAGUAUGGUUGUUGGGUCCUCAUAUGUACUGUUUGUUUUAUCAAUAUUUUUUACAAUAGUUGGACUUCUUUUUGCAGGUAAAGUCUGUCUGCCCGGCUGACAAAUCCUCUGAUUUAAAUUUUUUUUUUUAUGCUACAUAGUUGACUUUUUCAAUGCCAGUGUGGUUUAAAUGAUGACAAAAAAAAAAUAACUUCAAAGGGCCACAAGAGGGCCUUUUUUGCAGUGAUGUUGUGGUCAAUAAAAGAUUUAUGUAAGCAAUAAUGUACAGUCAGACAGUCAUUAACACUAAAUAAGUCAUCCUUGCAUUGCCCUGAGGGGGGGGGUAUUUAGCAGUAAUGACUGGCGGACUGUACAAUAUACCGCUUAUGACAUGUCUAC